UUAUGUACUCGAAAAUCCCAAUAUUCAAACAUUUGUGUUAAUACAAUAUAAUAAUUAUUUUACAUUAUAUUUUGUAUUUUUGUCCAGUUCGAUGCUACAAUAUUUAUCUAUGUAAUUAAUUGUUGUCUGAUCUGUUACUUAACUUACUAGUGUGUAAACGCAUUUAACAGCUAUAAUGUUGUGCAAUAAAUUACUGAAUCUGGUUAGCAAAACUGUUCAAAUCGUACCUACAAACCUAAUAGCUGCUGCCGCAUCAAGUCUAAGCGUCCGGUCGUUUUCAACCCCGGUCAGUCAAGAAUAUGUUGUCGACAAUACGAUUGCACACAAAAAGUUUUCCGACGGCAUAAUACAAACCGUCAACGAAGCCGUAAAAACCAAUAACCGAUUAUUUGCUGUCGUACACAUAUGUGGUAAGCAGUUCAAAGUUACCGACAACGACCUGGUGCUUAUAGAUGGUUACUGGCCCCCAAAUGUCGGCGAUCGUAUUAAGUUACAAAAAGUUUUGUUGGUUGGUGGCAAAGACUUCACGCUGAUCGGCAGGCCCGUUUUAGACCCAGACACUGUGGAAGUCACCGCGACGGUGGUUGAUAAAGACCUGUCCCACACCAGAACAAACUUCGAACGUAUCAAACGUAAACAAUAUAUGAGAAUCAACUUUGUACGAAAAGAAAUUACAAUGCUCCGGAUCAACUCUGUAUUUAUAACACAAAAUAUUGAUAAUAGAAAAGAUGUUCAGGAAAUGGGAAGACGUGUAAUGUAAUCACAGUUGAGAUUUUUUAUAUUGUACGAAUUGAUUGUAGUUAAGAUAUUUCUUUAUAUAAUAAAAUAUGAUAUACUUAGACUGUUUUAUAACUAAUCAAUGCUUUAUUUGUAUAAUAAUUGGUUAAAUAUAUUUAAUUUAAAUUUAA